CUCAUGGUGGUAGUACAGAAGAGGGAGAUGCAUUGGUUUUCUAUUUUUGCUGUAAAAAAAAUUUAAACUUACUGGUUUAAAACAACAUAAAUUUAUUUUAUAGUUGGAGGUCAGAAGUACAACAUUAGUCUUAAGGGGCUAAAAUCAGGCUGUCAACAGGGCAGGUUCUUUCUGGAAGCGCCAGAGGAAAAUCCAUUCCUUGCCUCUUCUGCCUUCUGGAGGCUGCUCAUGACCUCUUCCUCCAUCUUCAGAACCAGAAUGCUUGACAUCUUCACCCUUCUCUGUCGUAUGCUUCCAUCUUUACAUCUUCUCUGUUUCACUCUGUUCUUUCUGUUUCCCUCUUAUAAGGAUUCUGGUGGUUACACUGAGCCCACCAGAGAAUCCAGGAUAAUCGCCCCAUCUUAAAAUUCUUAAUUCAAACACAUCUGAAGUCCUUUUUGUCAUGUAAGGUGGUAUAUUUACAGGGUCUGAGCAUUAAGACAUGGUCUUCUUUGGGGGCCCAUUAUUCAUGCUAACACAGGGCAUAAUGUGAUUGCCCUACAAAAAGUUGAUACUGGUAAAAGCACCAGAAGUGAUUAACCAUAUGAUUUCUUUCCAGGUAAACUUGUUAGGUAAUUUGUAUGACUUAUUUAAAAUUAGAGUAAGAAGUAUCAUUUAACAUUUACUCUACCUUUUUCAAAGUAUACUGCAUUAUAAAUACAGGAACUUGAAUGGAUUUAGAGGUUAAAGGAGUUGCUGCCACUUCUAGGAGCCAAAUUCAGCCAUUCUUUGGAAGAAAGAAGCCACUACAACAAAGGUGGACUUCUGAAUCAUGGACAAACCGGAAUUCUUGCCCACCAGUGAUCAGAACCUGAUACCUGAAAAUUUGCCAGCACCAACAGACAAAUAUAAACUAAAAUAUCAGCAAUAUAAAAUGGAAAUGAAAGAGGGCUAUAAGCAGUAUAGUCAGAUAGAUGCAGAAAAUACAAAAUCAAAUGUUACACAUCAACAGUCUCCAAGAAACAAGAUAGAUGAAAAGUGUGUGCAACAUAAAGAAGCCAACACAGAUGACCUUACAACUCUGGAUAGGAAAGCCCUCUUACAGCAAGGUUAUGCAGACAACCCUUGCGAUAAACAACAGUGGGCAAGAAAAUUGGAUGCAGAAAUUGUGGCUGCAGAGAAGAAGAAACAGAUUGUUGCAGAGCAAGUCAUGAUAGACCACUUAUCUAGGGCUGUAAUCAGUGAUCCAGAACAAAAUUUAGCCAUUGAGCAAAAAGAAAGUGAUCAUAUCCUUCCAGAUUCAAAGAUGACACCUCUUCGAUUUAGAAAAAGAACACUACAUGAAACAAAGAUAAGAACUCAUUCUACAUUAACUGAAAAUGUGCUUUCUCAUAAAUUACAAUUUGAUGGUAGGAUCAUAUCACGUAAUGGACGUGAUGCUUGCAGAGAGCUGAUUGGGUUCUUUUUCACUCACGACCAGUCCCUUACAAUUUAUGAAUAUCGACAAUUUGGGAAAAAUAGAACAAUUGUGCUUCCUUUUAUUCAAAAAAGCAUUUAUAGUCAUCAGUGUGGACGAAGAAAAGGAAAACAAUACCGACUUGGUGAUUUUUAUGUUGGUGCAGCCUUGACAUUUUUGAGUUCUGAUCAUGCCAGCCUUCCAGAAAGCAUCAAAGAAAACACAUUUCUUAAACUCCGAAUCACACAUAUCGAUCAAAUAGCUUUGAAUUCUCUCAAAACUGCUUCUAUGGACCAGGAGGAUGAUAUAGUCAUUCAAGAAACCAAUGAUAGGCUGGUCUUCAAGGCAAUUCAAGAUGUGCUAAAAGAAAAACUACAUAAAAGAGGUGUUCGUAUUUUGACUGGAUUGGGAAAAUACUUUCAACAGUUGGACAAGGAAGGAAAUGGACUUUUAGAUAAGGCAGAUUUUAAGCAAGCUCUAAAAGUGUUUCACUUAGAAGUGUCUGAAAAGGAUUUUGAGUCUGCAUGGCUAAUUCUGGAUGACAAUGGCAAUGGUAAGGUUGAUUACGGAGAAUUCAAACGUGGUAUUAUUGGUGAAAUGAAUGAAUAUAGGAAAUCAUAUGUUCGAAAGGCCUUUAUGAAACUGGAUUUCAACAAAACUGGCAGUGUGCCUAUUAUAAACAUAAGAAAAUGUUACUGUGCAAAGAAGCAUUCUCAAGUACUUUCAGGCCAUUCAACAGAGGAAGAAAUUAAAUCAUCCUUUCUAGAAACAUUAAAAGUUGCCUGCAGCAAGUCUGACGAAGUUUCAUAUGGUGAAUUUGAAGAUUACUAUGAAGGUUUAAGUAUAGAAAUAAUAGAUGAUCAAGAUUUUGUUACCAUCUUGCGUACUCCAUGGGGGAUUUAGUCUUUAAUAAUACAUAUGUCAUCAGCACUAAGCAUUUUAUUGGAGAGAUGAUUUCAAUGUAAAGGAUGAUCAAACACUGGAAUAUAUUUUCCUAGGACUUCCUUUAUUCUGUUUUUUUUUUUUGUUUUUUUUGUUUCUUUGUUUGUUUGUUUGUUUUUCAUUGAGUCUGGAAAGAACUAUCCAGAAAGAUGUAGGGGCAUGUGAGUGUGCACGUGUAUGCCUGCUCACAUGUCCAUACAUUUGUAAAAGUGUCUUUUUGGUUUAUUACUUAUCUUGCAUAUAUUUUAGAGGUCAUUUUUUAUUAACUUCAAUAGGAAAGUUACAUCUACAUCAAACAAUAUGGCAGCAUGUAUUUAUUAACCAAGUUUCCUGUCCUUUCACAUUGUUUUUAAGCUAUCUCUUCCUCAGAAUAUAUUUGCCAUCAUUGUCAAUUUGAUAAAUUAGAAUUGGGCCUAAAGCCAGUGAAAUAAUUCAAUGUGUUUUUAACAUAUGAAAAUAUUAAAGGAUAUGCAAGAGAAAUGUUUCAAGCAGUGUGAUUAUAGAUGUUUUCUGUAUAUAGAAUAUUUAGAAUGAUGGAGGUUUACCCCUAUGAUGCUCAUUUAAAUACUGACUUGUCUUGUAAAUCUUUGUCUUCUAAAUUAUGUACUGUUGUUGGUUAAAUAGAGCACAAUGUAGUUAUUCUAAUGACCAGUUGUAUUUGUUCUUUUAUUCUGUUUUUUAACAGCAUCCUUUUUACCAGCAUACAAUUGUUAUUUAGCUAGAAACAAUACAAUAUGAAAGGGAAAUGUUCUUUAUUAAGAUCAAUACAUUAUCUUAUUAAACAAAGAUCCUAAAAGUGUAUUGUUGCAAAUAUGAAUCUAAGGAAUAGUUCAGUAAUUAUUGCCUAAAAUGUGAAAGCAUAUUUUGUAUCCUAAAAUGAAUGUAUGAUGUUCUAAACAUCUCUUUUUGUAUAACAAACAAUUGAAACAUUUCCUUCUAAAUAUGUGUUAUUUAAUAGUUACAUGUGUUGUAGUCAUUCUUUCUAAAUUCUUUGCUAGUCAUUUCUUCCUGG